AUGAAUGAAAAUUAAAUAAUUGAUUUGAAGGAGACCUAAAUUUAGAAAAUAAUGCCCAUAAAAUAAGUAGUGAAUGCAAUAUUUGAUUGGGCACAUGUAUCAGCUGAUUAACCUACUUUAGAAGAUGAUUUUUACUUAGAUAAUAAAUAGAUAUUUUAAUAUACAUGCAAUUUAAAGGUUAAAGCUAAAUAAGAAUAUAAUGAAUAACUAAAUUUAAAUUUAGGAAAGACAACUAAGUUAAAUGGAGAAUAAGUAAAUAAUUUAAAAGAAAAGGCUAAAAUGAUAGCAUUAUCAAAGAAUAAAAAUAAUAGUGAAUAAAAAGAAUAAUAGUAAAAAUGGAAUUCAAGUGAUGAUGAGCAUGAUUAAGUUUAAAUUUAAAAAGGGAGAGAAGAAAGUGGUGAUAAAAAAGUGUUUAGAUUGUCAGAAAAUAGUAUUAAAAAAGAUGAAAAUAAAUUAGAAUAAGGGUUCAGAUAUAGUAUAGUAGAAAUAUAAUAAAAGAAAGUAGAAAUAAAAUAAAUCAGUUUUAUAGAAACAUGGGAUAAAUUGAAAAGAUCCUAAGAAAUAAAGGAUCAUAUGAAAUUUAUAGAAUAAAAGAGUUCUUUAGUAGAGAAAUUGAUUGGUUGUUUUAAUGUGAAUUUGAAGAAUAAUAGAUUGAUAAAUGAAAAAAUAAAAGUAUUAUCUAUCUAAAUAAGGUUGAUAUUCUGUCUAAGAUUUCUUUUGAUGAUAAUAAUGAGUGCCAUUUUAGAAUGCUUUAUACAAUAUAUUGUUAAUUAAUGACAACAGAUUUUUGUUUAAGAUAUGGUAGUCAUUGGGAAUUGAUAGGAUUUUAAGGAACAGAUCCAGCCACAGAACUUGGAAAUGGAGGAAUUUUAGGAUUGGUUUAAAUGUUAGCAUUUAUAUCAGAUUAUAAAUAAUAUGUUAAGAAUGCAUUAAAUAUAUUAUCUUAGAUAAAUAUUCCAUUGAGUAUAACUUUAAUGGGUAUUUCAUCAUUAGUUUUAAUGAGUUUAAAGGAUAACAAACUAAAUUAUUUAAUAAAUAAAGAGGAUUCAGUAAUAAGUGUGAUAAAUAAACUUUAUUUUGCAGGAUUUAAUUUAGUGAUAAAAGUUCUAAAGAAGUAUAAGUUAAUAGUUUCUAUAGUAGAGAAUAAAUGCCAUUAAAUAUAAUAAAGACUUUGUUGACUAAUGUAAGAAAAUAAAUACAUGAACAUCCAUAAAAACUAAUAAAAUAGUUUUAGUAAGAUAUUUAAAUGUUUUAUAAGAUUAAUGAUAAAUGA